AUGAUUGGCUGUCCCUUAAUGCCUGGGCCGCUCCCUGUACCUGAGGCCAGCGAGGGGCUCCCGUUUGGGAGGCCUUCUGCGAGGGCCAGUUGCCUCCCUCUGCACCCCACCCUGAAUAAGCUCUGUGGGAGCGGCGUCCUGAAUCCAACUGUCUCCCAGGACAGGAGCUUCGAACCCGCAGGAAACAGGACCUGCGCCCCCGCCCCCGGUCCCUUCCCGGGGCCACCUCUGCCCCCAUCUUCUCAGGUGAACCCCCACCUCCAUCCCAAGCCCUGGACGCCCGCUCCUCCUCCCCGCGGCCGCCCGACUGGGCAUGCUCCUCGGGGCCAGCGGGGAGCGGGCUCGGCCGCCCCGCGCCUUUACCUGAGCGGGGCCCGCCCCCCGCGCACCGGCUCCGGCGGGCACCUGGCCGUCGCUGGGGACACGGCCGAGGGGAGGAGCCGCCGCACGGGGCGGGCGUUCCGGAGCCGCCGCCGAACUUUUCUCCGAGAAGUCCCACGUUUGGGGGCCGGAGCGGCAGGGCGGGGAGGGGAGAGCGGAGUUCCUGGAAGGAGCCGCUCGGCGCCGCCGCUGCACAACAUGGCCUCCUCCGCCUCCUCGUCUGCGGCCGGCGCCGAGGGCACCCCUCCUGCGCAGGUUGACUAUGGAUCCUACUAUUUGCAGAGCUCUAGAAAGAAAUUGUCAUCUUUAGCAACCACUUCCCUGAUCCGUCAGCAGCCAUCAGCAUCAAGGUAAGACCCUCUACCAGCAAAAAGAUUACUGAUUCACUGAAGGCACAGAUGAUAGAGAGCAUUUUUAGCAAUAGAGUAUUUUUAAAUAAAGGCAUGUACAUUGUUUUUUUAGACAUGAAGAUAUCACACAUUUAAUAGUCUAGAAUGUAGUGUAAACAUAGCUUUUAUAUGUGCUGAGAAACCAAAAACUUGGUGUGACUUGCUUUAUUGCAAUAUUUGCUUUAUUGCUACGGUCUGGAACCAAACCCACACUAUCUCUGAGGUCUGCCUGUAAAAGAUGCAGUUUCCCUCUCAGCUUCCCAUUUUUCUCAGUUUCCACCAUUGAUCUUUCCACAUACUCAUAAUGUCCACUAGUCUUUCUGUUUUAGUCUGGGAGGUAUCAUUCUCUCCAACUGUCAAGCAGAGGCAACAGUCAGAGUUGUAUUUGAAUGUCAGCUCUACUUGGCUCUAGGCUCUUGCACAAGGUACUGAAUGUUUCAUUUCCCUUAUUUGAAAACAUAUUAGUAAGAGUCCCUAUCUCAUAGACUUGUUGUGAGAUGAAACAUUUAACUCAGUGAUGUAAUAAGAGCUCAGUAAAUAUCAAACAAUAUAAUUCAGAUUAUCAUGGCUUAGUGUUUAUUCUAAGGUGAAUUCUGCAGACACAUGUAUAGAUUUUAUUAGGUUGAACUGUGUAAAAUUGCCAUUUUGGCAUAUCAAAGCACCAGCUAUUCGUAUGGCUAACCCCAAUAAUAACUUCUAAUUUUUGUCUAUAGAACCUUUAGUUAUUUUGCUUAAUACAUGUCAUUAUCCUAAUUGAAUAUUAGGAUAUUGAAUUAUCUUCUUUAAUUCAUGUUAUAUUGUUGUUGUUCAGUGAAAUGGCAGAAUAAUACUGAUUUUGGGGUGUCAUGAACUAGUCAUAAUAAUGAUAAUGUUGUCUACUGAGAUUUUCCCAAGUCAAUCUGUUUCUCAAAUGCGCUCAUCUUUAAAAAAAUUUUUGAA